AUGGUGGAGUGCUCUCGUUUGUGGCAGGGGUCCAGUUGCUGUCUCAGUCAGUCGGCUGUCAUUCCCAAGUUUUCUGGGUCUAACUCCCCAACAUGGCAUCACUUCAGGUCUAACUCCCCAACAUGGCAUCACUUCAGGUCUAACUCCUCAACAUGGCAUCACUUCAGGUCUAACUCCUCAACAUGGCAUCACUUCAGGUCUAACUCCCCAACAUGGCAUCACUUCAGGUCUAACUCCCCAACAUGGCAUCACUUCAGGUCUAACUCCUCAACAUGGCAUCACUUCAGGUCUAACUCCUCAACAUGGCAUCACUUCAGGUCUAACUCCUCAACAUGGCAUCACUUCAGGUCUAACUCCUCAACAUGGCAUCACUUCAGGUCUAACUCCUCAACAUGGCAUCACUUCAGGUCUAACUCCUCAACAUGGCAUCACUUCAGGUCUAACUCCCCAACAUGGCAUCACUUCAGGUCUAACUCCUCAACAUGGCAUCACUUCAGGUCUAACUCCUCAACAUGGCAUCACUUCAGGUCUAACUCCUCAACAUGGCAUCACUUCAGGUCUAACUCCUCAACAUGGCAUCACUUCAGGUCUAACUCCUCAACAUGGCAUCACUUCAGGUCUAACUCCCCAACAUGGCAUCACUUCAGGUCUAACUCCCCAACAUGGCAUCACUUCAGGUCUAACUCCCCAACAUGGCAUCACUUCAGGUCUAACUCCUCAACAUGGCAUCACUUCAGGUCUAACUCCUCAACAUGGCAUCACUUCAGGUCUAACUCCUCAACAUGGCAUCACUUCAGGUCUAACUCCUCAACAUGGCAUCACUUCAGGUCUAACUCCCCAACAUGGCAUCACUUCAGGUCUAACUCCUCAACAUGGCAUCACUUCAGGACUAACUCCUCAACAUGGCAUCACUUCAGGUCUAACUCCUCAACAUGGCAUCACUUCAGGUCUAACUCCUCAACAUGGCAUCACUUCAGGUGUUAACAUUGCCAAAGCAAUACACAAUGUACAAAUAAUUAAAGGACACAAGAUAAAAUAA